AGUAAUAGCCUAUCCGCCAUUGUGGAAUAGAGUAGGGAUAUUCUAAUCAGUCAUUAGUCAGUAACAGAGUACAUGUUUGAGAGUAAAGCAAGUAGUAGCUAGGUAUAAUACUCUGCCUUUCGUGACUGAAAUUGUAUCGCUGCUGUCCAGGACGUGCGUGGAAAACAUUUGGACGGGCAAGAAAAACACCGCCUAUAAAUACAAUCAGAUUGAAUAUCCCGAGACGAGAGAGGAAAAUAUCAGGGAGCAGUGGCUGUAAUAGACUGUGAACACCGCAACAAACAGGUUUUAGUUUGGGCUCCUGGAGGAUGUCUGCGACCACUGUCGAUCAGAGACCCAAAGGACAAGGAAAUAAAGUGCAAAACGGUUCAAUGCAUCAGAAGGAUGCUGUGAAUGAUGAUGACUUUGAGCCUUAUUUAAGCAACCAAACAAAUCAGAGUAACAGCUACCCACCAAUGUCCGAUCCUUACAUGCCAAGCUACUAUGCCCCAUCUAUCGGAUUCCCUUAUUCCCUCGGCGAGGCUGCCUGGUCAACAGCUGGGGACCCGCCGAUGCCGUACCUCACCACCUACGGACAGAUGAGCAAUGGUGAGCACCACUUUAUACCGGAUGGUGUGUUCAGCCAGCCGGGGGCCCUGGGCAACACCCCACCCUUCCUCAGUCAGCACGGCUUCAACUUCUUCCCGGGAAACGCGGACUUCUCCACCUGGGGCACCAGUGGCUCCCAGGGCCAGUCCACACAGAGCUCGGCCUACAACAGCAGCUAUGGUUACGCGCCCAGCUCCCUGGGCCGGGCCAUUGCAGACGGACAGGCGGGCUUCGGCAGCGACACGCAGCUUAGCAAGCUGCCGGGCCUGGGCAGCAUCGAGCCGGGCAUGGCGGGGCUCAAGCUGGGCUCGGACAUGGUGGCCGCCACCAAGACGGUGGGCUCGCCUCUGGGUGGCACUGGGGGCAUGAGCAGCAUGGCGGCUAGCAACAUGCCCUCUGUCAGCUCCUCAGCGCCCAAGCCCACUUCGUGGGCGGCCAUCGCCCGCAAACCUGCCAAGCCCCAGCCUAAAGUCAAGCCCAAAGCCAACAUCGGCAUGGGAGGCAACAUUGCCAUCCCCCCACCGCCCAUCAAGCAUAACAUGAACAUUGGCACCUGGGACGACAAAGGGUCCCUUGGCAAACCGCCCAUGGCGCAGCAGAUGUUGCCCCCGCCACCACACCAAACCCUGAUGCAGCAGCAGCUGCUAGCCCAGCCCCAGACCCUGCUGCAGAGCCCCAUGCCCCCCCAGCACCAGCAUCAGCCCCAGCACCAACACCAACAUCAACACCAACACCAACACCAGCACCAGCAACUCCAGAUGCAGUCACCUCAACCCCCUCAGCAAAUGCCCCCCGGCCCCCCACACCCUCAUUCUCACCCACACCCACACCAACACCCACACCAGCUCCCACACCCUCACCACCACCACCACCACCCCUCUCAGCCAGGACCCCCCCAGGCUUUGCACCAACCCCCCCAGCAGCAGCAGCAGCAUCAGCAGCAUCCGCAUCAGCCAAGUGCCCCCCCACAGAACCGCUGGGUGGCCCCCAGGAACCGGGGGAAUGCCUUUGGCCAGUGCGGCGGGAUGGAGAGCUUUGGCAUGGGCCCCGGGGUGCCACUGGGCGGCUCGCCGGGCACCUGCGAGGUCCACCCGGUGCUGGAGAAGCUGAAGGUGCUCAACAACUACAAUCCCAAAGACUUCGACUGGAACCUGAAGACGGGCCGCGUGUUCAUCAUAAAGAGCUACUCGGAGGACGACAUCCACCGCUCCAUCAAGUACAACAUCUGGUGCAGCACCGAGCACGGCAACAAGCGUCUGGACGCCGCGUUCCGCUCACUGGGCGGCAAGGGCCCGCUCUACCUGCUCUUCAGCGUCAACGGUAGUGGGCACUUCUGCGGCGUGGCCGAGAUGAAGUCGCCGGUGGACUACAACGCCUAUGCAGGCGUCUGGUCUCAGGACAAGUGGAAGGGCAAGUUUGAGGUGAAGUGGGCAUUCGUCAAGGAUGUGCCCAACAACCAGCUGCGGCACAUUCGCCUGGAGAACAACGAUAACAAGCCCGUCACCAACUCCAGGGACACGCAGGAGGUGCCCUUGGAGAAAGCCAAGCAAGUGCUUAAAAUUAUCACCACUUUCAAGCAUACCACCUCAAUCUUUGAUGACUUUGCACAUUAUGAGAAGAGGCAGGAGGAAGAAGAAGCCAUGAGAAGGGGCUGGUGCUCUAGCCUAGCAGACGGCUUUCCUGAUAUAGGCUCGCAUUCCUGGCAUUCCUCGCCACAGACAAAGCUGAGCCACUAUGGGGUGGAUGUACAUGGCAGUGGUGAAGCUACUGUACUCUAAGUCCAAUCAGCCAAGAGUAAGAGCCACACGUUCCCCUUGCCCAGUGUCCUCAACCCACCCCACCUCUUCAAAGGCAGCAGUUGGGAAUCCAGAUGAAACUCCUGCAAAGCAAACUAAGCCACCUCUCUUCUCUCUCUUUCUCUUUCUGUGCAGUUUUUAGCCAUGGCCAUGUCUGUCUCUUUCUCUCUUUCUCUGUUGGACUGUCAAUCAAUGCUUUUCAAUUACGCUAAUGCUAGUGCAUUCUGAUGUGAUUACUGAAAAUCUGAAUAAAGAAAAUAUAGAUCUA